AGACACUACCGCUUUCUCUCUCUACAAAGAAAUACCUCUUUCUGUAUCUAGAAAACACUUCCCCAUCUCUCUCUCUUUCCCAUGUUUGUAAGGAAAGAAUCCUAUAUCUCCCUCUCUAACAGGAAGAAGCGUUUCUCUCUCUUUUAAGGAAAGAGAGAGGUCUCUCUCCUUCUAGAUGUCUUCCCUCUGAAAUGCAUAUUCUUAGACUUCCAAUUUGAAGCGUUCUCGAUGGCGACCACGCUAUUUUACCUCUGUAUAAUUGGGCUGGUUCAGAAAUCAAAUGCACUCAGUAGAGCUCAUUUCCCACAUGAUUUCGUUUUCGGAACCGCUUCUUCAGCUUACCAGUUUGAAGGAGCUUCGAGUGAAGGAAAGAGGGGGCAGAGCAUAUGGGAUACGUUUUCAAGGAAACCAGGACGUAUCUUGGAUUUUAGCAACGCGGAUGUUGCAGUGGAUCAAUACCAUCGAUUCAAGGCCGACAUAGACUUGAUGAGGAACUUGGGAAUGCAUGCCUAUAGAUUUUCCAUCUCCUGGUCACGAAUCCUUCCUAAUGGUACAGGACAAGUCAAUCCCGAAGGAAUCAACUACUACAACAGUCUCAUAAAUGCUCUCCUAGAAAAGGGAAUCCAACCAUAUGUUACUCUCUAUCACUGGGAUCUCCCCCAAGCCCUUGAAGACCAGUACAGUGGUUGGUUGAGCCCACUGAUAGUAAAAGACUUUGCACAUUAUGCACAUACGUGUUUUCAAGCAUUUGGAGGCAGAGUGAAACAUUGGAUUACCUUCAAUGAACCUCAUGGCUUCGCAUUACAGGGCUAUGACCUUGGUGUGCAAGCUCCAGGAAGGUGCUCAAUUUUUGCUCACUUAUUCUGUAAGAGUGGGAGUUCAGCGACCGAGCCUUACAUAGUCGCUCACAAUAUACUCUUAGCCCAUGCUACCACAUUUCGUAUUUAUCAACACCACUUCAAGGAAGAACAAGGAGGUCUAAUUGGGAUUGCACUGGAUUCCAAAUGGUAUGAACCAAUAUCUGAUAAUGAUGAGGAUAUGGAAGCCGCACAAAGAGCUAUGGAUUUUGAGCUCGGAUGGUUCUUAAAUCCCCUGUUCUUCGGCAAAUACCCUGUUUCUAUGCAGAACUUGGUUGGUAAUAGAUUACCAAAGCUUACUCCCGAGAUGUCUGGAUCAUUAAUUGGAUCAUUGGACUUUGUGGGUGUCAACCAUUACACGACAUUAUAUGCCAAGAAUGACAAAAAUAGGAUCCGCAAGCUAAUUUUACGCGAUGCAUCUUCUGAUGUGGCGGUCAUAGCGACACCCUUUCGGAGAGGAAGACAAAUAGGAGAGAGGGCUGCAUCAAGAUGGUUACACAUUGUGCCUUGGGGUAUCCGCAAGUUAACUACAUAUAUUAAGGACACUUAUGGGAACCCACCAGUUAUCAUUACAGAAAAUGGUAUGGAUGAUCCAAACACUCAUCACUUGGUCUUAAACGAAGCACUGCAAGACCAUAAGAGGAUAAAGUACCACAAUGAGUAUCUCUCAAAUCUAUCAGUUGCUAUAAGAGAAGAUGGAUGUGAUGUGCAAGGCUACUUCGUAUGGUCUUUAUUGGAUAACUGGGAAUGGAACAUGGGAUACACCGUAAGAUUUGGCCUCUAUUUUAUAGACUACAACAAUAAUCUUACAAGAAUCCCAAAGGCUUCAGUGGAAUGGUUCAAAGGCUUCCUUAAAGAAACAUGAUAUCUGAGAACAACGAGUGUUGUUUUAUAUGGAUCUACAAUGUGUAUAAUGUCCAAUCAUAUUGUGAUUCAUGAGAAAGCAGUUUAAUA